UUCUCACUCUCCACCUUCGUUCUUCACUGUAUAUCACCAGUAGUGGCUCUCUCUCUCUCUCUCUCUCUCUCUUACCUCUCAGGUUUGUCUCAGAUCUACCUAGCAUUGCUUGCGGUACUGCAAAAACCUUGCCUCCACAUACCCAGCUCACGCGUUGGUGGUGACUAGGACUUGUAUUCAAUGGGUAAAUCAGGAGGUAAAUGGAUCAGGCAAGUACUUUUCGGGAAGAAAUCAUCCAAAUCUAGGUUGGUCAAGAAAACCGCGACAGAAAAAGAGCCAAUUGCAGCCUUUGAUGCGUCAACUGAAGAUUUGGCUCCACAAUCUCACACUCUUCCAGAUGAAUUGCCUCUCACUGGCAAAAGGACGGAAGAAAUAGAAAGGGGAGAUAAUCAUGAAGUAGGACAGAAUGUGGUUCCCUUAUUGUCUGGAGGGGAUAAUGUGGGUUUUGAACGACCAGACAUGAGCGCUGCUGAGAUAAUCAGACAAGAAAAGGCUGCUUCAAAAGUGCAGGCAACUUUUAGGGGCUACUUGGCGCGUCGUGCAUUUCGUGUUUUAAAGGGCAUAAUAAGACUGCAGGCGCUUAUUCGUGGACACCUAGUUAGGCGACAAGCUAUCGCUACUCUAGUCUGCCUGCGGGGCAUCGUCAAUCUCCAAAGGUUGAUUCGUGGUCGAAAGGAUGCACAUCAUGUGAAGUCAUAUGAUAUAAGUACUAACUAUAAGCCAGAGAAGCUACUGAAGAAUUCUUUCAUCUGUAAGCUUCUUUCUUCAACUACUGCUAUGCCGCUGAAUAUCCAUUAUGAUCCGGUUGAACCAAACUCAACUGACAACUGGUUGGAACGCUGGUCAUCAACCCGCUUUUGGGAACCUCUUCCACAACAAAAGAAAGCUACUGGGUCAAGGUUUCAGAAGCACCAGAGCGGCGCUCCAUCUGGUGAAACUGAGCGAAACAGGACAAAACGUGUUAGCCGAAGAGUCCCCAUUUCAAAUGGUGACAACAAUUCAGUGAAACCUGCACCUGAUAUUGAGAAGCCUAACCGUGGACAAAGGAAGAUUAUAAAUCAUAAACCAGAACAGGCGCAAGAACAGCCUCAAAAUGAGCUUGAGAGGGUAAAAGGGAAUUUGAGAAAAGUUGCUGCAGCCAGUAAAGAGGCUCGUGAAAAGUCUGAAGCUCUGCCAGAGAAGCCAAAGUCAACUCUCAUGGAUUCAACCUUCCAGUCUCCCGAUGAAGAUGAGAAAGAUGUAGAAGGUGGUGCUGAACUACAAAUUGUUGAAAAUAUGGCAGUUGUUGGAGAUUCCUCACUAAUUCAGUCUGAAACUCCAUCAAAACCUGUGUCUGUUGGUGAGUCCGUCGAUGUGCUUCUUGAUGAUUCCCCUGCAAUUGAAGCCCAUUUAUCCAUAAAUAAUGAAAAGGGUGAUGACACUUUGGCAUUGCAUGAGGGGCCGACUCCGAAGGAAGAUAAUGUUGCCAAGAUGAGCCAGAAGACCAAGAGGAGGAUGUCUUUCCCAGCGAAACAGGAAUUCUCAGAGAACGUUUCAUUGAAUACUUCUACGUUGCCUAGCUACAUGGCUGCAACUGAAUCUGCAAAGGCAAAGCUGAGAGCACAUGAAUCUGCAAGGAUCAGUCAAGAUGGGGUUGAAGAUGGUUUUGUCAGGAGGCAUUCUCUGCCUUCUUCGAACAAUGGAAAGUUGACCUCAAUGUCACCACGAAUGCAGAAGCAAGUCCAAGUAAAUGGAAAAGGUGGAAGCAGAACUGACAGAUCAUUGUUGUCGUCUAGAGAUAGUAAUGGGAAACCAGGAUGGAGAAGGUUCUGAUUGUCAUGCAUUAUGCCAAAUUUCAAAGAAACCAGGAUGUAGAAGAUGAUGGGACUCUUCCUUGAAUCUUUGAAGGGAUAACUGGCCGAUUAAAGUGGUUUUAUAUGGAUUGCUUCCUCUUCCUUUGUCAUUUCUUUCUGUCAAUGUAUAGCCAUACGUAGGUUCUAGCAUGUCUUGUUUGUGUGUACUGAUCAUGUGAGUUAUCUUCUGCUUUUCUUGAUAGAAGUUUGAGAGGUGGAGAUCUUAAGGUUUGUGCCUCGAUGGGGAACUUGUUUAAUUCUGUUUAUUUGUUUCAGAGGUCCUUGUACACAGUUCAUGGAACAAUUGAAAACUUAUGUAUUUGAAAA